GCGUAACCUACUCGGAAGGGUUUUUCUCUCUCCUCGCCGACUUAUUAUCAGUACAUAAUCUUGAACCUCCAGCCCCCGCUUCCAUUCUUCUUCCUCGUUCCUCUUUCCAGCAGAGGGGGGAAAUACAAUCAUUUUCCCUAUCUCUCUCUAAAAAAAUCCCAUCUUUUCUUGACCUGGUAUAUAUACAUACCGGAUCUGUAUCUCAAUAACCCGGUCAGGUUUGGAUUCUAGUUUCUCUUCUUCCAACAGCAGAGUAUUGAGUUAUGCAGCCUGAUCAAGUGGGAAUAAGCUUGAGACCUGGUGGUGGAAACCGAGGUAGACUUUUCGGCCCUCGCUUUGAUUCCUCCUUGCUGUCAACCAAUUCUGAUCUCCCUCUGCUUCGCCCCCAUGGCGGCUCAUCUGCCUUCUCUUCAUUCAAGGCUGGCGAAUCCCGUUUUGAAGGCCAGGAACGCAUUCGAUAUACUCGGGAAGAGCUCUUUAAAGUGAAGGACGAAAUAGUUGGCAUACCAGAAGGUAUUGUGAAAGCCAGACAAGAUGUUGAAGCUGAAUUAUAUGGUGAAGAUGCCAAUAUUGUUCGUGGAGAUAAUAAUUUGCAAUCUCAACCUCAGAGUCGUUACGCUGAGCCUGAUGAUCGUGACUGGCGAAACAGGUCUGCUCAGCUCUCUGCCCCCCAAGAUGAGAGGUCAUGGGAGUCCAUCAAAGAGAACAAAGAAAUUGCUAGUAGGUUGGGAGAACUCAACUCACAGUUUGGGAGAGCUCAUAUCUCUUCCAACCAGGCGGGGGGCCCUUCUCCUGCCCUCGUCAAAGCUGAGGUGCCAUGGUCAGCUAGAAGAGGCACUCUCUCCGACAAGGAUCGAGUUUUGAAAACAGUGAAGGGUAUACUUAACAAGUUGACUCCAGAAAAAUUUGAUCUCUUAAAAGGUCAACUCAUAGAUGCUGGCAUAACCACUGCAGACAUUUUAAAGGGAGUUAUUGGAUUAAUAUUUGACAAGGCAGUACUGGAGCCCACAUUUUGCACCAUGUAUGCCCAAUUGUGCUCUGAUCUGAAUGAGAAACUACCUCCAUUUCCAUCUGAAGAACCUGGUGGUAAAGAUAUAACAUUUAGAAGAGUGCUACUGGAUACUUGCCAGCUGGCCUUUGAAGGCUCUGACAAGUUGAGGGAAGAAGCCCGGCAAAUGUCUGCUCCCGAGCAGGAAUCAGAACGCAGAGAUAAAGAAAAGUUGAUUAAGCUGCGCACCCUUGGGAACAUACGCCUCAUUGGAGAGCUCUUGAAACAAAGAAUGGUCCCAGAAAGGAUUGUUCAUCACAUUGUUCGGGAACUGCUAGGUGCCGACCCGACAAGCAUCCCUGAGGAGGAAAAUGUUGAAGCAAUCUGCCAUUUCUUUAACACCAUUGGAAAACAACUUGAUGAGAACCGGAAGUCAAGAUCGAUCAAUGAUAUGUACUUCAACCAACUGAAAGCACUAUCCACUAUCCCUCAACUUGCUCCACGCCUUAGGUUCAUGAUACGUGAUGUUCUUGACAUGCGUGCAAACAACUGGGUCCCACGACGUGAAGAGGUUAAAGCCAAAACGAUUACUGAAAUUCACACGGAAGCAGAGAAAAAUCUGGGGUUACGUCCCGGUGCUAUGGCAAGUAUUAGGAAUUCACGUGGCAUUGCUCCCUCCGGUCCUCAAAGCCCGGUCAGUUUCCCUCCUAGCCGUAUGCCCGGAGCGCCUGGGGCAAGGAAGAUCUCCGUGAUUCCUGGAUAUGACGAUGACAACUGGGAGAUCCCAAAAUCCCGGAUGCCUAGAGGUAUGCCAUCUCUUGCCACCAAGUCACCUGGUUCAAACCAAACGCUUCUUCCCCAAGGCGGCAGUAUUGGUGACCUGGUUAGUGGCAGAACCAGUGCUCUUUUACAAGGUAGUAGUGGGGGCCCGUCUCCUAUCCGCCCCCAGAUUCAGGAGGAUCCCACUAAACAGUCUCCAGUGACCGAAAAGCUACAUGCUCCAGCUGCCAUAUUUACUCCUGAGCAACUCAAGAGGAAAACAGUUUCACUUUUGGAUGAAUAUUUUAGUGUCCGGAUUUUGGAUGAAGCUGCACAGUGUAUCGAUGAGCUGAAAUCACCGGCUUACCAUCCCGAGUUUGUAAAGCAAGCCGUCUCCCUCGGAUUGGACAAAAGUCCACCAUGCGUUGAGCCAGUUGCAAAGCUUCUCGAGUACAUGUUUGAGAAGAAAAUCUUUGAUUCCACUGUUUUAGGGACUGGUUUAAUGGGUUUUGCAUCUAUGUUGGAUGAUCUGGCAGUGGAUUUACCAAAAGCUCCUACCAACUUUGGUGACAUCAUCGGAAGACUUGUUCUGGCUGGAGGUAUCAACUUUGGGGUCGUCAAUGAGAUUUUGAAGAAAAUUGGGGAUGACUUUUAUCAAAAGGAGGUGUUUUCUGCUGUGGUGAAGGUUUUGGAUUCAAGUUCAUCAGGGAAGGCAGUUUUGGACUCUCAGGCAACACAUGUUGAGGAAUGCCGCAGCUUGCUCCAGUAAGCCUCUCUAUAUUAUUGAAGGACAGAAUGGCCCCUGCUGUCUCGGAUAGCCUUAAGGUUCCUCAUCAAAGCUCACUUAUCUAGAAGGGGGAGCUGCAAACAUGUGGGUGAGUUUUGUAUAUUUCUAGAGGCCGCAGUAGUUAUUGUCUGAUAAAAAGGGGAGGUAAGGUAAGGACAUUGAAAAAGAUUUUGGUGUCUCAACCGUGGUUAAGUUCAUAUAAUGUUCCAGGUCUAAGGUCGUCAUCAGGAUCAUGCUGUUUUUUAAUAUUUCAUUAGUUUUAAAAUUUUAACUUUUAAAUAUCUUUUCCAUUAGUUAAAUUGAAAUUUUGCUGAACUUGUGAGUCCAAUGUGACUGCUCCCUCCGUUAUAGCAUUUUUGGGUUGAGAUUAUUGUACUUGUUGUGGCCUGUGGGAUUCAGCAUUAAUGUGUGGGUUGUUAUACGGUACUUUUAUAUAUAUGACGGGAAUAAGCUUCUUAUUUGUGGUUUAUAUCUGUUUCCUGGUUUUCUUAAGAACGUGAUAUUUGUCAUUUCCAUAAAUU